AUGUGCCUGAAUGUAAUCAAGGUUUCUAUUUACUUGAAGAACUGGGCGCAUGUCAUGAGCUACAUAUCAAAGGCGGAGAGCACACCCGACUUUUCCGAGGGCUCCAAGGAGGCGAAUGCGCAGGUGCACACACGUCUAGAGUGCGCCGCCGGMUUGGCYGAGCUCCAGCAAAAGAAAUAUAAAGUGGCGGCCAAACACUUUUUGGCUGCCAACUUUGAUCAUUGCGAUUUUCCAGAGAUGAUCUCCACUAGYAAUGUUGCCGUCUAUGGUGGACUCUGCGCCUUGGCCACAUUCGAUCGCCAGGAGCURAAGCGUCUCGUGAUUGCAUCCACAUCUUUCAAGCUGUUCCUMGAACUGGAGCCACAACUGCGUGAUAUUAUUUUCAAAUUCUACGAGAGCAAGUACGCCASUUGCCURACGUUGCUCGAUGAGAUUCGCGACAAUCUGCUGAUAGACAUGUACAUUGCUCCACACGUCAGCCUGCUCUACACGAAGAUACGCAAUCGUGCGCUGAUCCAAUACUUCAGCCCGUAUAUGUCUGCCGAUAUGCACAAAAUGGCCACAGCCUUCAAUUCGACCGUGGGCGAUCUGGAGAACGAGGUGAUGCAGCUGAUACUGGAUGGGCAGAUUCAGGCGCGCAUCGACUCCCACAACAAGAUCCUGUAUGCCAAGGAGGCCGAUCAGCGCAACAGCACCUUUGAACGUGCCCUCCUCAUGGGCAAACAAUAUCAGCGCCACACCCGCAUGCUAAUCCUKCGCGCUGCCAUGCUCAAGAAUCACAUCCAUGURAAGAGCGUCUCUCGCGAGAGUGGCAGCAAUCAUGGCGCCGAGCUCUGUGUCUCUGCAGGCUCCAGCACAACCGCACAACUGGCUCGCAUUUAAAAUAAUCAACAUAUAACAACAAUAGAGCAACAUUCGAUUAUAUUACA